UGCCCACGUAGUUCGGAAGUUUAAAAUGCUGAUAUUCUUUAUCGUGCUGUAUGUUUUGACUGGAGUUCAGGGGAAAGCGUUCCCUAGUAGGUACAAAAGAGAUUACGAGGCCAGUUAUCACUAUAUUCCAGUUGAAGAAGGCAUCGUACAACUGCCAGCAAGGUAUUCUCCAGAAAAUCUUCCAAAUUACCAAGAUUAUGUACCAGGAUAUAUUCAAGCGAAUGGGCAUGACUGGUCUGCGUAUUAUCACCAACCGAUGGUUCCUCAACCAAUACAAGACCCAUAUUCUAAUGCAAAUGAGCGCCAUAAGAUGAAAGCGGAACACACCUGGCAUUUCAUUGACCAAAAUCAUUUUCCUGUAACUCAAUACUUGGAUGGAAGGUAUUUGGAAUCCGAUGUGGAGACUCCAAAUGUCAUUGAAGCCCUCGUCAAGAAAGAGGUUAUAGAAAAACAUGGUACUGAAUACGAUAAUCCUAUUGUCGUUGAAGCUCUUGUCAAGAGAGGUCAUACAGAUCAUGAAAAUGGCGAAAAUCCAGCAAUUAAUGAAUUCUUGACCAUCAAAGAAAACCCCAUUAAGUAUAAAUAUGAUGGUAAUACAAUUGUGAUGGAUUCAAUUAUAAAACGCCCAGAUGUUUACGAAUAUAAGAAUAAAUUUUCAAAUUUGGAUCUAUUGACUGAAAAACGGAAGCCAUCCGUAUCUUACGAUCCUGACAAAAUUCUAUCCGCGCCUUAUGAUGCGUCUGAGCUUUCAGUCGUUUUGGAUUCUAAGAGAAAAAAAGAUAAAGCAGUCAUGGUAGAAUCGUCUACAUCCUACUACAAGCCUAUUAAAGAGAAGCCUAUUAAAGAGAAGCCUAUUAAAGAGAAGCCUAUUAAAGAGAAGCCUAUUAAAGAGAAGCCUAUUAAAGAGAAGCCUAUUAAAGAGAAGCCUAUUAAAGAGAAGCCUAUUAAAGAGAAGCCUAUUAAAGAGAAGCCUAUUAAAGAGAAGCCUAUUAAAGAGAAGCCUAUUAAAGAGAAGCCUAUUAAAGAGAAGCCUAUUAAAGAGAAGCCUAUUAAAGAGAAGCCUAUUAAAGAGAAGCCUAUUAAAGAGAAGCCUAUUAAAGAGAAGCCUAUUAAAGAGAAGCCUAUUAAAGAGAAGCCUAUUAAAGACAUACCAUUUACCUCUUCCAUUGAGAGUGAACUACCGGUCGUCGUGGAUUCUCUGAGCAAGAAAGAUAAAUCCGUGAAGGUUGAGCCGUCUACUUCCUACAGUAUGUAUGAGCCUAUAAAAAAGGUACCAUUUAUCUCUUCCAUUGAGAGUGAACUGCCGGUGGUCGUGGAUUCUCUGAGCAAGAAAGAUAAACCCGUGAAGGUUGAGCCGUCUACUUCCUACAGUAUGUAUGAGCCCAUAAAAAAGGUACCAUUUACCUCUUCCAUUGAGAGUGAACUGCCGGUCGUCGUGGAUUCUCUGAGCAAGAAAGAUAAACCCGUCAAGGUUGAGCCGUCUACUUCCUACAGUAUGUAUGAGCCUAUAAAAAAGGUACCAUUUACCUCUUCCAUUGAGAGUGAACUGCCGGUCGUCGAGGAUUCUCUGAGCAAGAAAGAUAAACCCGUGAAGGUUGAGCCGUCUACUUCCUACAGUAUGUAUGAGCCUAUAAAAAAGGUACCAUUUACCUCUUCCAUUGAGAGUGAACUGCCGGUCGUCGUGGAUUCUCUGAGCAAGAAAGAUAAACCCGUCAAGGUUGAGCCGUCUACUUCCUACAGUAUGUAUGAGCCUAUAAAAAAGGUACCAUUUACCUCUUCCAUUGAGAGUGAACUGCCGGUCGUCGUGGAUUCUCUGAGCAAGAAAGAUAAACCCGUGAAGGUUGAGCCGUCUACUUCCUACAGUAUGUAUGAGCCUAUAAAAAAGGUACCAUUUUCCUCUUCCAUUGAGAGUGAACUGCCGGUCGUCGUGGAUUCUCUGAGCAAGAAAGAUAAACCCGUGAAGGUUGAGCCGUCUACUUCCUACAGUAUGUAUGAGCCUAUAAAAAAGGUACCAUUUUCCUCUUCCAUUGAGAGUGAACUGCCGGUCGUCGUGGAUUCUCUGAGCAAGAAAGAUAAACCCGUGAAGGUUGAGCCGUCUACUUCCUACAGUAUGUAUGAGCCUAUAAAAAAGGUACCAUUUUCCUCUUCCAUUGAGAGUGAACUGCCGGUCGUCGUGGAUUCUCUGAGCAAGAAAGAUAAACCCGUGAAGGUUGAGCCGUCUACUUCCUACAGUAUGUAUGAGCCUAUAAAAAAGGUACCAUUUACCUCUUCCAUUGAGAGUGAACUGCCGGUCGUCGUGGAUUCUCUGAGCAAGAAAGAUAAACCCGUGAAGGUUGAGCCGUCUACUUCCUACAGUAUGUAUGAGCCUAUAAAAAAGGUACCAUUUUCCUCUUCCAUUGAGAGUGAACUGCCGGUCGUCGUGGAUUCUCUGAGCAAGAAAGAUAAACCCGUGAAGGUUGAGCCGUCUACUUCCUACAGUAUGUAUGAGCCUAUAAAAAAGGUACCAUUUACCUCUUCCAUUGAGAGUGAACUGCCGGUCGUCGUGGAUUCUCUGAGCAAGAAAGAUAAACCCGUGAAGGUUGAGCCGUCUACUUCCUACAGUAUGUAUGAGCCUAUAAAAAAGGUACCAUUUACCUCUUCCAUUGAGAGUGAACUGCCGGUCGUCGUGGAUUCUCUGAGCAAGAAAGAUAAACCCGUGAAGGUCGAGCCGUCUACUUCCUACAGUAUGUAUGAGCCUAUAAAAAAGGUACCAUUUACCUCUUCCAUUGAGAGUGAACUGCCGGUCGUCGUGGAUUCUCUGAGCAAGAAAGAUAAACCCGUGAAGGUUGAGCCGUCUACUUCCUACAGUAUGUAUGAGCCUAUAAAAAAGGUACCAUUUACCUCUUCCAUUGAGAGUGAACUGCCGGUCGUCGUGGAUUCUCUGAGCAAGAAAGAUAAACCCGUGAAGGUUGAGCCGUCUACUUCCUACAGUAUGUAUGAGCCUAUAAAAAAGGUACCAUUUUCCUCUUCCAUUGAGAGUGAACUGCCGGUCGUCGUGGAUUCUCUGAGCAAGAAAGAUAAACCCGUGAAGGUUGAGCCGUCUACUUCCUACAGUAUGUAUGAGCCUAUAAAAAAGGUACCAUUUUCCUCUUCCAUUGAGAGUGAACUGCCGGUCGUCGUGGAUUCUCUGAGCAAGAAAGAUAAACCCGUGAAGGUUGAGCCGUCUACUUCCUACAGUAUGUAUGAGCCUAUAAAAAAGGUACCAUUUUCCUCUUCCAUUGAGAGUGAACUGCCGGUCGUCGUGGAUUCUCUGAGCAAGAAAGAUAAACCCGUGAAGGUUGAGCCGUCUACUUCCUACAGUAUGUAUGAGCCUAUAAAAAAGGUACCAUUUACCUCUUCCAUUGAGAGUGAACUGCCGGUCGUCGUGGAUUCUCUGAGCAAGAAAGAUAAACCCGUGAAGGUCGAGCCGUCUACUUCCUACAGUAUGUAUGAGCCUAUAAAAAAGGUACCAUUUACCUCUUCCAUUGAGAGUGAACUGCCGGUCGUCGUGGAUUCUCUGAGCAAGAAAGAUAAACCCGUGAAGGUUGAGCCGUCUACUUCCUACAGUAUGUAUGAGCCUAUAAAAAAGGUACCAUUUACCUCUUCCAUUGAGAGUGAACUGCCGGUCGUCGUGGAUUCUCUGAGCAAGAAAGAUAAACCCGUGAAGGUCGAGCCGUCUACUUCCUACAGUAUGUAUGAGCCUAUAAAAAAGGUACCGUUUACGUCUGCUACUAAAAGUGAACUACCUGUCGUUGUGGAUUAUUUAAAGGAUAAGUCCGUCAUUGUUGAACCAGCAGCUUCCUAUAUGUAUAAGUCUGUUAAAGCGAAGCCAUUUAAGGAUGGGAAUGUCGUCAUUGAUGCACCCAAUUACUCAGUCGGAUUUGACUCUUUCUACAAAUUAAAAGAGCCCGAACAUGAAGCUCCUGUUGUUGUGGAAGCGUUGGUUAGAAGAGAAAAGCCUACAUUUCAAGUAGAAAAUUUCGAAAGGCCUGUAGUUAUCGAAGCAUUAGUCCGACGAAAUCCUACAUAUGAAAAUAAGAGAAUAAAGGAAGAUGAAGUACUGCCCAGAAACUUGCCUCAACCCAUAAAAGAAUCCAUUUUAAGUACGGAUAAUGAGAAUUUUAAUAUCCCUGUUAUUGAAGCUUUGACUUUUGAAGAAGGUAUUGAUAGCAAUAAAAAUUCGAAACAGGAAAGCAUUACUUUCGGUGAAACACACGGUUUUAAUGAUUCAGAUAUGGAUAAUAUGGAUGAAAAUGGAGAUGAUGGAAGUGCAAUAGGUUUCGACAAAUCUCGUUUCGCUAGAAGUCUUCCUGUUAAUUCAGACGUAUUUUCUAUUCUCACGAAUGUUAAAGAAAAAGAAAAAUUUAAAUUUAAAAGCUGUGUUACGCCAAAAAACGAAACUGGUAAUUGUAUGCCGAUCCAGCAGUGUUCAGUUUCGAGCAUUAUAAGCAAUAUUGACGAAUUGCUCAGGAAUGUAUGUCUUGUCGAUGAAGUUUUUAUUGGCGUCUGCUGUCCUGAAUUCCCAGUUGAAACAGUGCGAGUAGAUUGGGAAGAGUUGAAACCAAAUAAAGCGAUACUAAACGAGAAAAAAUCUUCUCAAAUUUUAAAAGAGUGUGGAAGAUUACCGUUGAUGGUCACAAAUCGAGAUCCAUGGCCUUGGAUGGCUUCACUAAUUGCAAAGUCUUCAGACAAAAUAUUUUGUGGAGGAGCUCUUAUCCAAGAACAGUAUGUGCUUACUGCUGCCCAUUGUACUAUAAGGAUACCUCGGAACCAAAUAUUGGUGCGUCUGGGACGACCCGCCUCGGAGAAUCGUUCCGAACCCGAUUUUGAAGUAAUUGAAAUAAAAAGGCACGCUGGCUACAACCCCAGAACGAUGCAAAAUGAUAUAGCCCUUCUAAAGUUGUCUCGUCCUGUGCAACUCGGAGAUUUCAGACGUGUAGUUUGUCUAUCCGAAGAGAAUGAGAGCAAAGAAGGUUUAGUCAAUGAAUCAGCAAGCCUGUUGCGCUGGAAAGAAACACCAGGUGAAAUCAAAGAUGUGGAACCAUUAUUGGUGAUUUCUCCUCGGGAAUGUCAGAGCCGAAUGCGAACUGCAAUUUCGGAUUCUAUCCUUUGUACAGAACCUAGAACAGAUGAAACCAUGUGCAAUGCCGAUUCUGGCGCACCUCUCAUCAUAGCCAAGGAUGACAAAUUCGAAGUGAUUGGUAUACUAACGUGGAAUAGAAAUGACUGUGAUGAACGCUUUCCAACAGUUUUUACAAGAAUAUCAAGUUAUCGUCGAUGGAUUGAAAAACUUGCAUCCUGAUGUAUUCGGUAGCUGGACUGCAAAAAGUUUUUAAAAUUGUAAUUUUAAUUUGUUUUAAUAUUUAAAUGUUUUUAAUAAAGUUUUAGAUGAGACGAA